CUUCAAUAAUUAUUAUUUCAUGUGAUAAGUGUGAUAAGAAACAAAAAAAAAAUAAUUCUAUGCAGUUGAUAUACAAACAUACUUUCUACGAUCUUCAUUAUAAUAUUUGAAUUCAUUUCUGUAUUAUUACGAAAGCUAGACAAAGGAAGAAAAAGAUUGUACAAAGAGGGGGUUAGAAUUAUUUCUGCCUAGUAACCUUGAUACUAACCAGUCAUUUAUACGACCUUGAAAUUUCUAAAUCAAUUGCAUGUAAAUUUAGAACCAAUAAUAUAUUAUCCUCGAUUUCGGUUUACGUCUUCACGAUUCUGUGUAUAAACUAUAUAAGCUAGCCUUAUUUUCAACCAAAUAACAAAAUAAUUUGUUCCUAAUUCACAAAUUCACAUAGUUCAUAAUCUAAAAUAUUCUUUUUGUGAAAUGCCACUUACCUCACGUUCACCGUAUGAUAGCAAAACACUACUUGCUAAAUAUUAUGAUUUACCGCAACCAGAAGACAAAAUCCAAGUGAUGUAUGUAUGGAUAGAUGGAAGUGGAGAGAAUCUACGCUGUAAAACAAUGACAAUGGAGCAUGAACCAGAAAAACCAGACGAUUGUCCAAUGUGGAAUUUCGACGGGAGUAGUACAGGUCAAGCUGAAGGUUCCAAUUCUGAUGUUUAUCUAAAACCAUGCGCAUUGUUUCGUGAUCCAUUUCGGGGUGGGAAAAAUAAAUUAGUCUUGUGUGAAACGUAUAAUUAUGAUAAAAAACCACAUGUGUCAAAUCAUCGUCACCAGUGUAAUCUAGUCAUGGAGAAGGCAAAAGUUCAUCAACCAUGGUUUGGUAUUGAACAGGAGUAUGCUCUUUUAGAUAUUGAUGGCUACCCAUUACAAUGGCCUAAAAAUGGUUUCCCACCACCACAAGGUCCUUACUACUGUUCUGUUGGAGCUGGUAAAGCAUUGGGACGUGAUAUACCAGAAGCACUAUACAGAGCAUGCAUGUAUGCUGGAGUCAAAAUCUGUGGUAGCAAUGCAGAAGUUAUGCCUUCCCAGUGGGAAUUUCAAGUUGGACCAUGUGAAGGUGUUUCAGCUGGUGAUCAUUUAUGGAUGGCUAGAUUUAUACUACAUCGUGUCGCUGAAGACUUUGGAGUGAUUGUAACAUUAGAUCCUAAACCAAUGGAAGGCAAUUGGAAUGGUUCAGGAGCUCAUACAAACUAUUCAACUGCGUCUAUGAGAAAUCCAAAAACAGGUUUACAAGCAAUAGAAGACGCUGUGGAGAAGUUAUCUCACAAACACAUUGAGCAUAUUCAAUCCUAUGAUCCUAAACAUGGUUUGGACAAUCAACGACGUCUAACUGGUAAUCAUGAAACAAGCAGUAUGAAUGACUUUUCAUCUGGUGUCGCAAACAGAGGCAGUAGUGUACGUAUUCCAAGACAAGUUGCUGAAAAUGGUUAUGGUUAUUUAGAAGACAGACGUCCAUCGUCCAACUGUGAUCCAUACAUCGUCACUAGAAUGUUGGUUGAAACCACAUGUCUUUAAUAAUUAACUACCAACCCUGAAAGCAAUACAUUCAUCAAUCCUCCUUAUAUGUGUGAGUUUGUCUUACCUUCAUAGACUCAUUUUGUCCAGUGUCAAAGACUACUGAUAAUAAUAUUUCAGUCAUUAAUUCUGCCGUCAUCAAGAAUCUCAUCCUCAUCCUCCCUUUCAUUCCUGUCCAUCAUCAUAACCUGCAGCAAUAAUAUAAUUUAAAUAUUUUUAAUAAUACUACUAAUAAUAAUUGUCUUCUUCUCUUCUUCGUAUACAAAUAAUGUAGUUCACUUAGUAAUUGUUUUAAAUGUAAUUCUAUUCAUCGUUUAAAACAAAAACACAAGCUGAAACAUGGAAUGUGAAUUGACCAUUUAAAAUCAAUGAUGAAUGCACAUAAUUUACCGCUCAUCAUUUGAAAUGACCAAUGGUGGUUUUCAUCUUCAAUGAAGUAAUACAUUUUAUAGAAUGACGUGUGGUUAUCAAAAUUAAGAUUAUUCUAUUAGUCAUGUUAUGUCAUACCAUUAUUUAAUUUUCUUUUUAUAUGCAUCAUCAUUAAAGUUAAACCAGAAAUCGUGACAAUACAAGACAGAAUUUCACACAUCCUGGAUAAUAAUAAUAAUAAUGAUUUUCAAAUUAUUUUGUUCUCACUUACAUUGAGUUAUACUAUUCAUUGAUUUUGUUAGGCAGUCAACUAGUCGUGUUUUACCCAUCAUGAGUUCAGUAGAACGGCGUGGUUUAUUUGUAACACAGAAUUUGUAUCUUGUAAAUGAUAUUGACUGAAGUCACUUUGAAAUACAGUGUCAGAAAGCCUGAAAAUAUGAAAUACCUUCGUAUUAAC